UAUUCCUUCUGAAUUGGUGGACUGUAAUGCGAUCGAUCUAAUUAAACUUAUGUUGAGGUGAUCAGGCUUCUAAAUUAAGCACAAGUUAAUGGUUUUGUUCUCACAUCAUACAUACUGGUAUAAAUCAAAAUAGGUGAAUUGAAUCCAAAUAAGUGAAAUGAAACUUGAUAUAUAAUAUAAUAAUACUAUUAAUACCCGAUCGAUUUGUUUUCUGAAACGAUGUAUAAUUGAAGGUAAAUUACCACAAAUCAUGCCAACAAAACACUUGUGGAAUGGUGAAAGAAAUGAUCCACAACCUCGAUAGAAUGAUGAGGAUUCAGUUUUCGGGCAGGAAAAGUAACAGGACGACCCAUAUUUUGGCCCAUAUACAAUGUGGGUGGGGAGAAAUAUAAUUUUGGUUCUCUAUGCCACCAAUUUUUUUUUAUUUGAACCAACUUAUUUCUUAUUCCUGUAAUAUUUUCCAAUGAUGAAAUAAUACACGCCUUUCUAUAAAAAAACCCUUGUGAAAUUGAAUAGGCUGUUAGCUGAUUGUGAGACCAAAAAAACUCGGACAUCUCACCGAAGCAUCAAAAUAUUAAGGCUAGCUGCCCGUAAUUGGCCCAGUAAAAGCACACAUGCACUAGGCCGGAGCAAAUAAUAAUGGGCCUUAACUGGGCCUGAGUCGAUCCAGUUGGUGUACGAGGGACUACUGCUUAUGCGAUGCAACCAAGCUAUAAAUACAAAGCUACAAAGCAUUCGGCUUCUUCAGAUCGGCCCUAAAACCCUAAUCGUCUUCUCUCCACUCUAGCGGCGGUAAGCUUCGUUCUCCGAUCUCCAACCUCCGUCCCUCGAUCCUAUGCUUCUUCAUUUCCUACGUCUGUUUCUAUUCAGAUUAAGGCCACCUUUGAAUUUGUGUUCUGAUCGAUUUGCUGAAACAGGGUAACCGGAGGAGGAACUAAAAUGGCCACAGUUCCAGGGCAAUUGAUCUGGGAGAUCGUGAAGAGGAACAACUGUUUCCUCGUGAAGGAGUUCGGGCGUGGCAACGCCGGCGUUAGGUUCAGCAAGGAAAGCAACAAUCUCUACAACCUCAACUCCUACAAGUAUUCCGGCUUGGCAAACAAGAAGACUGUUUCCAUUCAGCCAGAGGGCAAGGAUUUGGCUGUUGUGCUGACGACCACAAAGACCAAGAGGCAGAACAAGCCUGCCAAUCUGAAGCACAAGUCGGUCAUGAGGAAGGAGUUCAGCUCCAUGGCUAAGGCUGUUACCAAUCAGGUUGCAGAUAACUUCUACCGGCCGGAUUUGAAGAAGGCAGCUCUGUCUAGGCUCAGUACCAUCCACAGGAGCCUUAGGGUUUCAAAGUCCGGUGUCAAGAAGAGAACCAGGCAGGCAGCUAAGAUCGCUGCCCGGAAGUGAAACCCAAUGCUUUAGAGAGUUCUUUUCGCUUUAGUAUUAUCAAGAGUUUUCAGAUUGGACAGAUACUAGUUCGCACAUUUUGGUUUGUCAGGACCUCUUCGCUCACCUUGUUUGUCGAUCCUUGUACUGAAUAUGCUCAAGUUUCUUGUUUCUAGUGAUUGAAUUGGUAUGAGAUUGCUGGCUUUUGAUCCAUGAUGGUCGAGAUGUUACCAUAGUAGUUGAUGUAGAGCUUCUUCACCACGUGAUUUUCACACGCGCCCCAAAAAAUAGCUAAUUUUUUUUUUAUGAUUUUUUAGUUAAACUUAUAAAAAUAUUAAGAAUUAGUUAAGUGUUAACUUUCAGUAAACAAUUUUGUUAGUAUAUUGACUUAAGAACAUAAUACAGAUUUGAAAACAAUUUUGUUAGUAUAUUGGCUUGACAACAUGGUACCGACUUGAAAGAGACAUGUGAUGGUUAACUUCAAAAUUUUAGGAUUUUAACUAAAAAAAUAGUUAUAUAAUUAUUGAAAGAGACACGUGAAGGUUAACUUUUAACUUUUAGGAUUUUAACUAAAAAAAGAGUGAUAUAAUUAUUAACGAUGACGUAAAAAUUGCUAAUAUUUUGAUGAUUAUAAAAGAUUUGAUUAAUUAGUAGCAUUUUAAUAGGUUGGAUAAUAUAAAAGAAUCUGAUAAAGGUUUUGAUAAAAAAUAGACAUUAUCCUUUUUUUCAAACUAUAGGAACAUGUUUGAUACAAAAAAAUAAUAGAGGGUCAUGUUUGAUUAAUUAGCAUAGUAUUUUUUUAUUAAUUAAAUUCAUUUAGGUUGUCAACCCGCGGGCUUACCCGGAUUCGGUCGAGCUAGUGGGUCAAGGGUUAAUGGGUCACUCGUUUUAGCCCGGAAAUAUGGAAAUAGUCAUUCUAUUGUAGUUAUCUUGAUAAAUUACAUCAAAUCUCAUCUAAUAUAUGAGUUAUAACAUAUAAUAUUACACCAAAAUAACAUGUCGUACUUAGAUCCAACACAUAGUGAAAAUUCACACACUUAUGUAACAUCAAUAUUCAAAUGUUCAACUUAGAAUUCCAAAAAUUUGAGUUAGGCGUAAAGAAAAAUAGGAAAAUAGACGCAUUUCGCAAACCAAAGAAAAAAAUGGCACAAUUUGACCUCCAACCCGGUACCUUGUAGCGUUCGAUCCGACGGGUGCGUAUGACUCGUUUUUCUGACCAGGCUAGGGUCAAAGUGGGUCGACCCGCAGGUUGACAACCUUGAUUUACUACAAUAAUUUUAUUUUGUUUAGAAUGUGUAAAUAUAUCAUACCGGUCAUACCGAUAAUGUUACGCAGAUUCGAUGACCAACACAGAUUGAAUCGGGCUUGCCAGGCAUGACAUUGACAACUAUGGAUUAUAAAGCCUGUGGUUCAAG